AUGUCGCUGCGUCCUCUCGGAUAUCAAUGCAACAUAUCCUAUGCGCAAUUCUUCCGCAAUGGAUCGCAAACAAGACAUAAUAUAACGCAACGUUUAAGGUCCUUUUCUCAGCUGCGCGACGCCCAUUGCACACAUCGCUGGUCUGCGACAAGUCCACAUGCCAACAAAGCUUCGCUUUCGCUACGGAGCUUGCUCAGUGAUCUCUUGAGACCUGCACAUACUCUCCAGGCCCAUGGCAAGGGACCAUGGGCUCAACAAUGUCGCCACGAGACUUCUGCAGCCAAAGAACCGGAACUCUGCGCGCAUUGCGGUGGGAUAACUAUCCCCAAGGCCAGAAGACAUGUCGAACCUGGUAAACAUUCCAGCGGCUGGCACUGCAAAUCGUGUAUUCGGAACACCCGUAUUCAUGGCCAUCUACCAAAUGAGGAGCAGCUUGCAGCGAUCAAUCAGCGGAAACUGGCCAGGGCAUGUGGAGAGGCAAGCAAAAUGAGUCCAUGCAGGCACUGUGGCGAAAUGACUGCUCCGAGAAGUAGCCGUAAAUUCAUUGAUCUGAAUAACCCUUCUGCUGGGUUUCAUUGCCGGACAUGCGUUAGACACGUCAACUAUCACGGUAACCUUCCAACCGAGCAAGAUCUCGCAGCGCUCAAGUACCGCAAACAGAUACGGACUAGGCGCACUUCUACCGCCUCAAAAAAAACUGCAUCAGACAAUUCGAGGGAAGAACCCAUGCCCCACCGCCCUUCCAGGUCCCUCGGCCGUCCCGAGUCUCCCAAACAGAUGAAACAGAGCCGCGGUGAAUACCCCUGCGUGCACUGUGGUGACAUAACCGCCUCCAGCAGCAAACGCAGGCUUGUUGAACCCCAGAAUCCCGCGGCAGGUUAUUAUUGCCAGCCAUGCACACGGUCUCUACUUGUAACAGACGCCUUGCCCAGCACCGUCAAAAUUGCAGCGCUCCGAAAGCUCAGAGCGACGCGUAUGCAAAGCAGUCCCCGAGUAUUGAAAAGCCCCUGUGUCCACUGCGGUGAGACCACUGUCCCUAGCAGCAAGCGCCGACUCGUCGAGUCGAAGAACACUCAAUCCGGGUAUUACUGCCGCGCCUGUGCGGACUGUUUAACCCAAACCAAUUCCCUACCCAGCGAGGUACGCCUUGCUGUUCGCAGAGCGCGAGAGCAGGCCAGGCUGAAAAACUUACAGGCCAGUCUAUCUAAAGAGUCGCAGUCCCCGGUCUCUCCGCAGGACGGAGAACCUACACCAACACAUACGCCCACGGACAAUACCGCAAAGACUUGCGCGCACUGCAAAACCGACGAAAACAUGUCGAGCCUCUGA